AUGGAGCAUGUUGCUGAUGUCGACUUCGGAGGGUUUGAUGUACGACCUUUGUCAUGGCCAGUGUCGCCAGAGCGGCUGAGCUUCCAAGCAGGGGAGCACGACAGCUCGACACGGGACGAUACAGCUCCUGAACAGAGCACAGACACAGGCAGUCUCACAGAAGCUACUCCCGCGCAUGCUGGAACGACGAAUACCACGAUCGCCAAUGCUUCAGCGUUCGACGUGAACCACCACGGCACGAACACGCCUCCGGCACCGACCACGAUACCGAACGAACAACCUGGAGCGCACCUCACACAGGCCGAGUCGGAAGAUGAAGAGCUUCAACAGGCUAUAGCUUUGUCGCAACAAAGUGCACAAGAAGAUGAAGAGCGUCGUGAACGCCAGAGGCAGCGAGUGCUUGAGAUCUUCGAGAAAGGUCGCGCUCGGAGUAUAGAAGUCCCUGUGGAAGAGUUCGUCAAGAAUAAGCCUUCGCUGAAAGGCAUCCCGUUACCAGCAUACGAUGGAACAGGAUACCCGUCAUAUAUGUAG